AUGCUAUCAACCGUUCUACUAGGGCUCUUAACCGUGACCCAAGCCUCCAACCACCUCGCAUCGUUCAAGAGUUUCGACUCCGCCGAUCGCGAGUGCAGUCGCUAUCUUGGCCAUCAGCACCGGUGUGCCGUCCGGUGUCGCGGACUGCUGACCAGGUUCCUGAAUCGGACUUCGGAGUUCCCAACCGCGGUCAUCGAGCGCUUCUACGAACCGGGCGAGGAUGACUACCUGUACCGGUCGCGGACCGUCCAGUGCUUGCGGGAUGUUCGAGCGUUGAAUAGCUGCGAGCAGGUUCGAAGAAGUGUUCAGUGCUACGACGGGGAGUUUGGAACGGUUGAUCGGGACGCGUUGCGGUUCUUUCCGUUUACGGACGUUCAGCACUUGCGAGUGCUGCGGGAGUGCGAAGCGAUUCUUCGGGAGAGAUUGACGGAGAGUUGCUUGCUGAGGUGA